AUGAAUAUGGAGAUGCAUGAAUCAGAAGUGUUGGGUUUUCUGGAGGAAUCUAUGGUUGAAAUCCGAGAGUUCUCUAAAAUCCGCAACUAUCACUUCCAACUUGUCGAUGGAUUAAAUCUCUUGCUCUGCGACCCAAAUGUCAAAACCCAUGACGAAUUCCCAUUACAAAUAGAAAGUCUCAAACGAUCCGGCGCCUUCAUAUGCAUGCACGCGAACGAGAAUUACCAUAAAUUUGGAAGACGACUCGAAGACGUCAACGAGGACCUGCUCGUUCUCACCUCCUACAUUGUUCGUCACCUCUACCUAAACGAAGAUGGAUAG